GGAACUUCAAUCAAAAUGAACUCGAAAGUGAAUUCGCUGGAGGAGAAAGUGAAACUGCCGCCCACAGAGACAAUAAGUCGCUGCUAUCAGCCGCAGCAGAGCAACCGUAAGGUCAUCCGCAUCCUGACCGUCGCCGUUUACGUUCUCUGCGUCUCGCUGGCGGCCAUCAUGCUCUCGCUCUAUUACAUAUUCAUAUGGGAUCCGACCAUCCGGCCGUUUGUUACCAAGGCCAAUCACUGCGAUAAAAUUGUGAUACCCGAGAAAAUAGCAAUUCGCCUACUAAACUCAUCGGAAGUGACCGCGGAGCAGUUCUACAAGCACAUCCUCGAGCAGUACCGCAUCCACAACCAUCUGCAGCAGCAGCGGCAGCAGUUCCUGCAGAAGCAGCACCUCCAGCUGCAGCAGCUGGAGGCGAACAAUCGCUUCCAGGAGAUCUUUGCCACGGCCACCAUCAUUCAGGCCCAUCCGCAUCCCCAUUCCCGGGAGCCGCCCAAGAAGCCCCUACUCGUCCCCUCGAACAGCAACGGCAGCAGCAGUGGCAGCAUCAGCGGCAGCGAUCUUGGAGCCUUCCGCAUGGAGCCGCCUGCCUCGCAGCCAUCCAACAUGGAGGAGUUGGUUAAGGGCGCCACCGCUGGCCAUCAUCUGCCCAUGCUGCUGGACACCUCGCCCCCGGCAGACAGCUCCGGCCUAGGGCACAUUAAGCGGAAGACACAUCGCGGCCACUACAAGCACCAUCGGGCACGAGCCGGCGGCUCCAAGAAGCUGAUCUCCAGCGCCAUGUCUAGUUCGGCCACAGCCAGCACCACGUCUGCGGCUGAGCAGCCGCCUGCCACGGCUGCGGCAGCGGCAGCGGCAGCCGUGCCCCAUGGCUACAUGGACACACCGCUGAACCCGGCGGCCGGGACCAUAGUGCAGCAGCCGCAGCUGCAGCUGUACACCUCGAUGCCGAUACCAUUGAUACUCAGCCCCAGCGAGGAGAAGCGCCCCUCCCACCACGCCCACAAUCAUGCGCAUGGCGAGCGUCGAGGUGGGGCGCAGGCACGCAAGAGGACAACCACCGCCUCCGUUUCCGGCUACGACUCCCAGACCUACCUCAAUCCGUUCCUCACCGGCGAGCUAAUCUUCGAGAAGUAAACACGCCGUCGCUGCUGCUCAGACCACAUUAACUUCCUGGUUUAACUCCAUUCCACUCAACAUACCACACGAAACUUAUGGAGCGUGGGAUGCCCAUCACACCUAUCCAAAACUUCUGAAAUAGUCGAACGUGCUACACGGAGAGAUUCGGGCAAACGGAAACCUAUACCAUAUAGAGGAUGUUAUAUUAAUGUUAACGAUAGUUGAAGCCAUAAUAGUUUCGAUGUAACACACACACACACACGACCACACGACCACAAGGACACGCGCAUUGUACGGGACCCACUUCAGUAGUCGAUCGAUCGAAGAUCUCACCAGCAGCGGCCAGCUCCAGCUCCAGCUCCAGCUCAAGGCUCACCAGCAAAAACUCACCCCACCUAGGACACUGCUUCCAGGCAGCUAGCGAAUGCUACUCCAAUACUACAAUAAAUAGCUACAUCUAGAGAG